CUCUGCCACUGAGGACUGAAGAGUGGUAGGGUUUUCAAUUUAAUAAAAUAUUAAUGCGGAGAUUUCAAAAGUAAUUACUUUGCUAUAACGCUCAACUAAAGAACAAACCUUCGCGCAAAUUUUAUUAAAAUUCCAUAAAAAUAGAAAAUUGAUACAUAAUGGAUGAAUAUUCACGAGAACCCUGCCCGUGGCGUAUUUUGGACGACUCCGGCGGCGCUUUCAUCAUGGGCGCCAUCGGUGGAGGAAUAUUUCACUCAAUAAAAGGAUUUCGAAAUGCACCAGUCGGAUUCAGCCGAAAGAUGCUUGGCAGCUUAGCCGCAAUCAAGGAGCGGUCACCAAUAGUAGCUGGCAACUUUGCAGUAUGGGGUGGCAUGUUUUCCACAAUAGACUGCUCUCUUGUAUACAUGCGGCAGAAAGAGGACCCUUGGAACUCUAUUAUGAGUGGCGCAUUGACUGGUGGAAUACUGGCUGCAAGAAAUGGAGUACCAGCAAUGGCGGGCAGUGCACUAGUGGGUGGGAUCCUGCUUGCCCUCAUAGAGGGUAUUGGCAUCAUGUUCACACGCCUCUCAGCAGAACAGUUCAAGCCUCAACAACCAAUAUUUGAAGACCCCUCAAUUCUGGGCCAGAGUCAGGGACAAGGGCAGUCCUUCCAAUAAACUUUUGACAUUUCUCAUUGGUUAGUUCUCAACCUCAUGAGGCGAGGUUUAGUCCUUGUGUUCAGCAGUGAAUGUACCUAAAAUUUAACUGUACAGUUUCAGUACAAAUGUGAAAAUAUUGAUUACAAAAGUAAUUCACUGAUUCAAUCAUCGCUUGACAAUUUCGUUCUUUCAUAAAAAAAUAAUCAUUCAUAUUUAAUUUGUGUAUGUACAACUGUUUUAACUGUACAGUUAAUUUUGUUUUGCUAAUAAAUAGCAAAGUUAAUCUUUUACUUUAAAACAAAAAGAGGUUUUAAUUUAUAAUGUGAACAGGAAGCAUCUGUGAUAUUUGCAGUCCAGUACUGAUUGCUACUAUGUUUGCAUCGCGGUGAGAAACUGGUGUUAAUGGUAAAGUUGACCCUUUCACUGUUCAGUAAAAAUGUAACUCAUCAAAGUAAUGAACACUUUCAAUGCUCCAUGACUAAUACAAAAUGAACAUGCAUACCAUGUUCUUGGCAGUAACUGCCAAUUGGUACUCAACACAUCAACUGUUGAUGUGUUGAGUUAAUCUAAAGCCUUGUGUACUUAUGUCUAGUCUAGACAAUUCAUGCAUAAAGGGAAAGGUUAUACUUUCUGUAGUUUGACAAAUCUAUCAGGACAUUUGAUUCCAAUCUGUUUUCAUAUAGAUGUUUUUUUUUUUUGUUUUCGUACAGUCGUUUUUAUGUUUAUGUUGGAAAUAACAGUGGGACCUCAUAAUUUACCAGUAACAUUUUUGUUUUUCAUUAGUUUUUAAAUUAUUUCAUAGUAUGAUGUCAUAGUCACUUUCUAUAUUUUAUUUGUUUCCCAUAUAUUUGAUUGUGACCUCAUUUUAGAUGUACCUGCCAUUAUGUGAAUUGAAGGAUCUUCCUCCAGUCUAAUGAAGAAAUAUUUGUUCCUUUCUUCAGGCUGAUACUUGUGAUUCUAUUUCACAUAGGUAAAUUGAACAUGGACAAUAUGCUAUGAAAUAUUUACCUACUUUGUGUAAUCUUGGUUGAUUAUUAAGAUGAUUUAAAAAUAAAAUAAAGUGGUUUAAAAAUA